UACCCUCGUGAGCUUCUCAUACAAGCGCUGUGUCGACAUGAGCUGACUGGCAAUAGCACCACCAGAGAAGGGUGGAUAUGAUCAACAGCAAGAUCAACAGCAGUACUUCUCGCCUCCGCCAGGCGGUCAAUCAUAUCCUCCACCUCCCUCGUCUCCUCCUGCGCAAGGACAGCAGCAACAGCAACAGCACUACCCUCCACCGGGUGGACAACAGCAACACUAUGCGCCGCCUUCGGACUAUUUGCAGCAACAACAACAACAACCGCAACAGCACUUCCCACCGCCCGGAAGUGCGCCUACCCAGCAUCAGCCGCAGCCACAACAACAACAGCAGCAUCAGCCGCCUCAACAGCUAUUCCCUGAGAAAGGUCCCCUGAGCACCUACGGUACCCCCGCGCCAACCCAAAGCCCGCUUCAGCACCCCGGCAUGC